AUGAUGCAACAGAUUGCUGCAAACAACCUGCAGUUUCAACAGAACAUGCAAGCAACCGUCCAGGAUUUGAAGAUUCAGGUUGGACAGCUAGCCACUCAAGUGAGUCAGAUUCAGUCUCAAGGCUCCAGUAAUUUGCCUUCUCAAACAGUCAUGAAUCCAAAGGGCAAUGUGAGUGCUAUUACCCUGCGAAGUGGAAAAGAGUUACCAGCAGUUGUAGCUGCAGCACCAGAUUCUGAAAAUGAGAAUGAUUUGUUUGCUGAUUCCUCAGACCUUACUGACCCAUCAUGUGCUUGUGAUGAUUCUUCUGUGUGUGCUGUUUGUAGUGUUGAUGUUGCAGGUGCAGCAGAUAUGGUUACACCAGUAGAUGAUUCACUACCAGCAGUUGAUCUAGCUCCAUCUCCAUCAAUAGAGCUUAAGCCUUUACCUGCACAUCUGAAGUAUGCUUACCUAGAGGACAACCAGCGACUUCCUGUCAUUAUAGCUCGGGAUCUCAAAUCUGAUCAAGAGGAGAGAUUACUGCAGGUCUUGAGAGAUCAUAGGAAGGCCAUUGGUUGGACCCUUGCUGAUCUUCCUGGAAUUAGUCCUGCCAUUUGUAUGCACCGAAUUUUAUUGGAGGAUGAGUUUCGACCUGUGAGACAGCCACAGAGGCGACUCAACCCUACUAUUCUAGAUGUUGUGAAGAAGGAGGUCACAAAGCUACUGGCAGCAGGUAUUAUUUAUCCUAUUUCUGACAGUAAGUGGGUUAGUCCUGUGCAGGUGGUCCCAAAGAAGACUGGGAUGACUGUGGUGAAGAACCAGGAUGAUGAGUUGGUUCCAACUAGAGUUCAAAAUAGUUGGCGAGUUUGCAUAGAUUACAGGAGACUUAACUAGGCAACUCGCAAGGAUCAUUUCCCUCUUCCAUUCAUCGAUCAGGUAUUGGAAAGGCUGGCAGGUAAAUCCCAUUACUGCUUUUUAGAUGGAUUUUCUGGGUACAUGCAGGUUCAUAUUGCACCGGAGGACCAGCACAAGACCACAUUCACCUGCCCAUUUGGCACAUUUGCUUACACUAGGAUGCCAUUUGGCUUGUGCAACGCUCCGGGCACCUUUCAGAGGUGUAUGGUUAGUAUAUUUUCUGACCUUUUGGAGAGUUGCAUGGAGGUGUUUAUGGAUGAUUUUACUGUCUAUGGUUCUUCAUUUGAUGCAUGCCUAGAGAAUUUAUCUAAGGUGUUACAUAGGUGCAUCCAAACUAACCUUGUGUUAAAUUUUGAAAAGUGUCAUUUUUUGGUCACACAGGGUAUAGUCUUGGGUCACUUAGUCUCCAGUCAAGGUAUUCAGGUUGAUAAGGCUAAAAUUGAUAUCAUUGCUUCUCUCCCUUACCCCACUUCUGUGAGAGAAGUGCGUUCCUUUCUUGGACAUGCAGGUUUUUACAGGAGGUUUAUACAGGACUUCAGCAAGAUUGCAUUACCAUUGUCCAAGUUGCUGCAGAAGGAAGUAGAGUUUGUUUUUUAUGAGCCCUGUCAGCUAGCUUUUCAGGAGUUGAAGAGGCGGCUGACCACCACACCCAUUGUUCAGCCACCUGAUUGGGAGCUUCCUUUUGAGCUCAUGUGCGACGCAUCCAACUUUGCACUUGGAGCUGUUUUAGCUCAGUGGGUUGGGAGACUUUCUCAUGUUAUAGCCUAUGCUUCUCGCACGUUGGAUGCAGCUCAAGUUAAUUACACCACUACUGAGAAAGAGCUUCUAGCUAUUGUAUUUGCCUUAGAUAAAUUUCGUUCAUAUUUGCUAGGCUCUAGGAUUAUUGUGUUUUCUGACCAUGCAGCUUUGAAAUUCUUGUUGAAGAAGCCCGAUGCUAAACCUAGAUUGAUCAGGUGGAUGCUUCUCCUUCAGGAGUUUGAUGUUGAGAUCAGAGAUAGGAGUGGUGCAGAGAACUUGGUAGCAGACCACUUGAGUAGGAUUAAGGGAGGGAAUGUUGAUCCCUUUCCUAUUAGAGAUGAUUUUCCUGAGGAGCAGUUGAUGCAGUUGCAUGAUAUUACUCCUUGGUUUGCUGAUAUUGUGAAUUACUUGGUUGCAGGUGUCUUUCCUCCAGAUGCAUCUAGAGCACAGAUAGCCAAACUUGAAAAGUGAGGCUAAAUAUUAUGUUUGGGAUGACCCUUAUUUGUGGAGAUUUUGCAGUGACCAGGUAAUCCGCAGGUGCAUUCCAGAUCACGAGAUCCAUUCUAUGCUUCAGUUUUGUCAUAGUUAACUUGUGGGAGGACAUUAUGGAUCAUACAGGACAGCUAGGAAGGUGUUGGAGAGUGGGUUUUACUGGCCUACCAUUUUCAGAGAUGCACAUCAGAUCUCUAGCACCUGUGAGCAGUGUGAAAGAGCAGGGACGACCAUUACACACAGGCAUGAGAUGCCCCAGCAACCGAUCAUUUUCUGUGAGGUUUUUGAUGUUUGGGGUAUUGAUUUUAUGGGUCCAUUCCCUGCAUCUUUUGGUUACACAUUCAUUUUACUAGCUGUUGAUUAUGUUUCUAAAUGGGUGGAGGCUAAGGCCACCAAAACUAAUGAUUCUAAAGUUGUUGUGGAUUUUGUUAGAUCCAACAUUUUUUGCAGAUUCGGUGUGCCUAAAGCCAUUAUCAGUGACAGGGGAAGCCACUUCUGCAAUAGGAGCAUGCAGGCUUUGCUUCAUAAGUAUGGGGUUGUGCAUAGAGUGUCUACAGCUUAUCAUCCCCAAACUAAUGGGCAGGUUGAGGUUUUUAACAGGGAAAUCAAGCAGAUUUUGCAGAAGAUAGUCCACCCCAAUAGAAAGGAUUGGAGCAAAUUUUUGGAGGAUGCUCUUUGGGCCCAUAGGAUGGCUUACCGGACACCGAUUGGGAUGUCCCCUUACAGGAUUGUGUUUGGUAAAGCAUGUCAUCUGCCCGUUGAGAUCGAGCAUAGAGCAUAUUGGGCGGUUAGACAUUGUAACUUAGAGUUUGAACAAGCAGGUAUGGAAAGGAAGCUUCAAUUACAACAACUUGAGGAGCUUUGCUUGGAGGCCUAUGAGAGCUCGAAGAUCUAUAAAGAAAAAGUCAAACGUUUUCAUGAUAGAAAUAUUUUGAGAAAGGAGUUCAAAGUGGGCGAACAAGUGCUUUUGUUCAAUUCCCGCCUAAAACUUAUAGCCGGUAAACUUAGAUCUAGAUGGGAUGGUCCUUUUGUUAUUACUAAUGUGUUUUCCCAUGGUGCAGUUGAGAUUAAGAAUAAAGUUACCGGUAGCAUUUUCAAGGUCAAUGGACAUCAACUCAAGGAAUUUCAUCAAAGUCCAAAGUUGGAGGAGAAAAAUGUAGAAAGCAUAGCCUUGGAAGCACCAACCCUUGGACCUUGAGGGAGUUCUUUCCCCAUUCUGUAUUCUUUGAAAUUGUCUUUGUUGUGUUGCUGCAUUGAGGGCAAUGUGAUUUUUAGUGUGGGGGGAGUUGCAUGCAUAUUGUGUUGCUAUUUUCUGUUUUCAUUUUUCUGGUUUUUUGUUUUCAUUUUCUGUUCUGCUGUUUCUGUUUUCAUUUUUCAUUUUCUGCUGUUUCUGUUUUGCUGUUUUCUAUUUUCAUUUUUUUUGCUGUGCUGAUUUCUACAGAUUUCAUUUUCUGUUCUGCAGUUUUUGUUUUCUGUUGCAGAUUUCAUUUUUCUGCUGCUGUUUAUAAUUCUAUUUUCUGUUUUUCUGCUGUUUUGGAGUACGAAUUCUGCAUGUUUUUUGUGCCUCUACUUUUCUGUUUUGAUGAUGUUUUGUUGGAGUAGUUACACAAAUUUUCAUUCUUUCCUUUUAAUUUCUAGAUGUAGGAAUUGUGAAAGUUGUUACACCAUUUUUAGUUGAUAGGUUGCAAUACUUGAUAUGAGUCAUUUUUACAUUUUUAGUUGAGCAAGUUACUUGAAAAAGGAUGAGUUUGAUUCAUUAAUGAUAGAAUAUGAACCUUGUGAGAAUUUUGAGCAUAUUUUACUUCUUUCUUGUGUGAUUUCACUCAUGUUGCUAGAUUACCUUUGGUUUUGCCUUGUAUCUUUUUGAAGCUUCUUGUCACAUGCAUUAUUGAUAUGAUUUAGGCCUUCUUUCAAAAUGUAGCCACUUUGCCAAAUUGACUUACCUCGCAUUAAUUCCACUUGUUUACCCCCUUUGAGCCUUUAUAACCCUUCCUUGACUUUAGCUCAUU